GGGCGGAGGCCCGCUGGUCAAAGGACGGCGGGGCGGGGCUCGAUUCGGACUCGCCGCUUGGCUCUGCCCGGCGAAGUGUUGCAGGCGGGUCGGGAUGGGGUUGUGCUUGCCCUGCCUGGGGGGAGCCGCCGACCAAGUGGUGGAGACGCCGGAUCCAGAAAUUAGAAGGCAGCAACUUGCAGAAGCAGCAGAAAAAAGACAAAUGGAGGCUGCAUCUCGUGGUAUUAAGAAUAUCUCUUCUGUGGAACAGAAAAAACGAAAACAAGAAGAAAUGGAAAAACGUCUUGAAUCUGGAAGCCAUGAACCAGAAAAAGGCAAUCUAAGGUGGCAGGUUGGAUAAAAUACUGAGCUGCCUCAGAAUGAAGAAGGGUGAAAGCUUUGUCCUGCCAAUAACUUGCCAGUUGCUGCAGAUGAAUUAAACUUGUUAAUUGUUUGGCUUUUGCUGUUGGCCUCUGAAGAUGCAGCAGUAUUUUGCCAUUGUAGCAGGGUAGCUGACAUACGUGCACUAAGGAUGAACAGCACUUCACAAUACCCAGUAAAGAUGUCCCAAACCAAUCACUUCCUGUUUGUGUUGCCAUAUUGUGUAACGUUGCAUGUCUAAAUGUACUGGAGGGGGUGAAUUAUGGGAGUUACCUACAUAAACAGAUGCCAUUUUCAUGCCUUUGUGAUCGUGGGGAACAAUUCUGUUUUCCAAAGCGCGACUUGUUAAAGUUAUUGCCAUCUUACCCUUGUAUGAUUCAGUUCAAUACAGUCCACAAUUUCCUUGAAUCUCUCACACUGGAUUAAAUGACUGAAACCAACAGGCUUGUUUUAAGAGUAAGAACUUCAGAAUCAAAGCUUUAGUGCCUUCUGCUGGUUACACAUUUAACUGCUGCAUUGCUAUGAGGUGAAAAAUCCCUAUCCUUGUGUCUUAGUUUUUACACAUGUUAUGCCUAUCUGCAGGGUUUACAAAAAUACAGGCCAAAAUACUGGACUCUUAUUUUUUUAAAAAAAUAACAAGUGAAAGAAUAAGGUGAAAGGUGUUCUGCUUUACCACUUGGAUGUGAAGUUUGGAAGAAAAACUCAUGAAAGGAACAGCUACAGGAUUCUACUUCUUUAUGAUUAAAUUUCUUUAUAAAAAUUACUUUUUUAUUUCUUAAAAACUGGUUCGAGGACAUUAUUCUGCAGAUACAGCCAGUGUAAAAAUACGUUUAUAACAUCAUCCAUAUUAACAUACUGGAGUAAAUAUAAACAUAUGUAAUUAUUCUCUCAUAUGACCCUUUGCACCUAAUCUGGAAGUGAUGUGAAAAGAAACAGUACAUUUGUUGAACUUCUAAACUAAUAUAGGAAAUGUUCACACAUCUUGAAUUUUAAGCAAGGAAUAGUAUCAAAUUUUAUGAGAGAAAUGAAGGUGCAGUUUAUCUUGCUUUGUAUCAGAACUAAAGAUAGUUGCUUCUUACUUAUUCCCAGUAUUAUAAAUAUUGAUUUUUGGGAGAAAAUGCUUCAGAAAUAUAUUUAAAAGUAAUGACAAGUGUUGUAUAUGUAGAUAUGUCUGAGAGAAUAAAAUGUGCAAAUGAAUUGUUUUUUUCUGAUUCUUCCCCUUUACAUCCUAGACAAGUAUGAAAAAAUAAUGACUAUUUGACAAGAAUUUGGCUAAUAAUAAAUUAAAUUUCCCAUUUAAAAUGUGAUAUAAAUCAAUGUAGCUUAAACUGAUUGCUUAACCAUAUUGUUAACCUUCUCAGUAAAAUAUGUUGUUUUCUAAUCUAUUACAAUCAGUUCUUUUUUUAAAAAAAAAUCUUGAAAUCCUCAUAUUUCACAGCUUACACUUUCCUCUUUCUCAUUUGUGCACAUAAAUCCAGUAUUAAGUGUUUAAAAAAAAUUAAUGGGAAUUCAAGAAUUCCUGCUCUUGUUACAGUAAAAUAGCUUAAGAUGUUAAAUUAUUGCAGUGCUUUGGAUUAAAAUUCCAAAAGGCACUUUGAGUGUCAUUAACUGUUUGCAUCUCUUUAAAGAAGCCAUACCAUUUCUCUGCGUCAUGACGCAGCUGCAGAGGAGCGCUAGGAAUUGAUGUGUCAGGUUUAAAGAUAUAUAAGCAGAUGGUACAUUAAUACUCUUGUGCUCGAAUGCACCUUUUCCAAUUUAUUUCUGAGGUUCUUUAGAUUCCUAUAAAAUAAUAGCGCUAUUUUAAAUUUUUCACUUUGUUUCCAGUUACUGGGUUACGAUAACCUUGUUCAUUUAUUAACAGUACCUUUUUCCUUUAGUUGAACUAAUAAACCAUUUGGUGCCCACUUUGAUCUUUGUGCAUUACAGUGUCGCAUUAAUAAACUAUAAUCUAUUAAAAUCUGA